AUGCUCUGCCAGAACUUGCUACCCCAGGCCAGAGACAGAAUUUGCUACCUCUUGCGUUUCCAGAAGGUGCCAGGACAGCGAGUGAGAACGAGGAGGAGAAUCCCCAGCAGGAAGGGUCUGCGGGAACAGAGCUGCCCAGGACGUCUGCCACACAGCGGGGAGGAGCCAGCGAGAGCCCGGGCGGGGCAGGACCGCAGCAGGGAGAGCCCCUGGAGGAGAACGAAGCCGCCCCGGGGGAGAAACCCUACCAGGGCACCCAGUGCCACAAACGCUUCAGCCGCAGCUCCAACCUGCUCCGUCACCGGCGCUCCCACACGGGUGAACAGCCGUUUCGCUGCACCGUGUGUGGGAAGGGCUUCACGCAGCGCGGGGAACCUCACGGAGCACAGCCGGAUCCACGCCGGGGAGCGCCCCUCCCAGUGCCCCCAGUGCGGGAAGGCCUUCGCCCUGAGCGCCUCCCUGCACCAGCACCGCCGCAGCCACACCGGAGAGCGGCCCUACACGGGCCUAGAGUGGGGGAAGGGCUUUGGGGUGAGCUCUGCGCUCGUGGUCCACCAACGCAUCCACACCUGGGAGCGCCCCCACCGGAGCGGGGAGUGUGGGCGUGGCUUCUGCCACAGCUCCAACCUGGUACGGCACCUGCGCACCCACACCGGGGAGCGGCCCUACAGCUGCGCCCAGUGCGGCAAGCACUUUGGGGAGAGCUCUGCCCUGAUCCAGCACCGGCACACUCAUGCCAGCGAGCGCCCCUACCAGUGCCCUGACUGUGGGCAGGGCUUCAGCCAGGCCUCCCAGCUGGCCCAGCACCGGCGCACCCACACCGGGGGACGGCCCUGUGCCGAGUGCGGGCGGCGCUUCGGGGAGAGCUCCAACCUCAUCAAGCACCAGCAGGGGCAUUCGGGGGAGCGGCCCUACAAGUGCCCCCGGUGCAGGAAAGGGUUCGGCCACCCCUCCAACCUGAUCCACCACCAGCGCACCCACAUGGACGCCGAGCCCUUCAAAUGCCCUGACUGUGGGAAGAGCUUCACCCAACAGCCGCUACACCCAGCACGGCCAGGUCCAUGCCGGCCAGGAGCCCUACCAGUGCCCCCAGUGUGGGAAGGGCUUCUGCCAGAGCUCCCAUUACACCUACCACCAGCGCAGCCACACCGGAGAGCAGCCCUUCCGCUGUGCCGGCUGCGGGAAGGGCUUUACUUCUGGUGGCACAUUGGACAGAGAGCUGCGCUGGGGUCCAAGCCCGGGCGUGUUCUCUGCACCGAGCCCUGGGGGGAGAUUUCACCGAGCCCGGUCUCACCUGUUUCUUCUCCUGCACAGGAUUCCCCAUCCUCGACCCAACCUCAAUCCCCCGGAUGGAGCGAGGGGAAGAGCCCAGGGUCCCGGAUCUCCAGGGCUCCGAGGGGAGGGAGAUCCCGAGAGGUGCCCGCGCAGCACAGGGAACAAGCCCUGGCUGGAUUCUCUCUCUCUCUCCCAGUAGGUGCCGGGACAACCAGUGAGAAUGGGGAGGAGAAUCCCCAGCACGACGGGCCUGCAAAACCAGAGCAACAUGGGAUGUCCUGGAGCCCCGAGCAGGGAGAUGUCGGUGGGGCAGGACGGCAGCAAGGAGACCUUCUGAGGGAGAGCUCUGCUGAACGGGAAGGAGAUCCCUGGCAGCUCCAAGACUCCUCUGGGUGUCAGGAGGAGAGACUGGCCAUAUGUGGGCAGUGUGGGGAGAGCUUCUCUCAAUACAAAGACCUCGCUGAGCACCAGAGAUCCCAUAGAGGGGAGAGACCCCAUCAAUGCCCUGACUGCAGGAAGGGUUUCACCUGCAGCUCCCACCUCCUCCAGCACCAGCGCACCCACACUGGCGAGAGACCCUUCCAGUGCCCCGACUGCGGGAAGGGCUUUGGGGUCAGCUCCCACCUCGUUGUCCACCAGCGGGUCCACACGGGGGAGCGCCCCUACAAAUGCCCCGACUGCGGGAAGGGCUUCAGCCAGAGCUCCCACCUGGCCAAGCACCAGCGCACCCACACCGGGGAGCGGCCCUACAGGUGUGCGGCCUGCGGGAAGAGCUUUGGGGACAGCUCCUACCUGAUCCAGCACCAGCGCACCCACACCGGGGAAAGCCCCGGCCUGGCCGGCGGGAGGGGUGCGGAGGAGAGGCCUUACCCAUGUCCCCAGUGCGGGAAGAGCUUUGGCACCAAGCUGGCCCUGAGCCGGCACCAGAACGUGCACAGCGAGGAGCGGCCCUAUGAGUGCGCCGAGUGCGGGAAGAGCUUCAAGCUAAGCCGGCUGCUUAUCCAACACCAGCGGAUCCACACCGGGGAGCGGCCCUACCGAUGCCCCGACUGCGGGCAGAGCUUCGGCCGCAGCUCCCACCUCCGCUCGCACCAGCACAUCCACACCGGCGAGAAACCCCACCCCUGCCCUGACUGCGGGAAGGGCUUCAGCCACGGCUUCCAGCUGGCUCAGCACCGGCGCGUCCACACGGGGGAGCGGCCCUACGGGUGCCCUGACUGCGGGCGCAGCUUCAGCCACCGCUCCACCCUCAUCAAGCACCAGCGCACCCACACCGGGGAGCGGCCCUACCACUGUGCCCAGUGUGGCAAGGACUUCAACUGGAGCUCGGCCUUCAUCAAGCACCGCCGGACCCACUCGGAGGAGCGGCCCUUCCGCUGCGCGGACUGCGGGAAGGGCUUCCGCGAGAGCUGCACCCUCAUCCAGCACCAGAAGAUCCACUCGGAAGAGAAACCCUACAAAUGCCCCGACUGCUGCAAGAGCUUCAGCCUCAGCUCCUACCUCGCCAGGCACCAGAAAAUGCACACGGCCUAGGGACGCCAGCGGAGGGGGCUGCCCUGCCCGCACAGGGGCAUUGUGGGUACCUUUCUGAAGUGGGUGUGCACCCCCUGCUUGCACAGAGAUGUCCUCUCGCCUUCCCUCUGGUGACUGGAGCGUGUAUCAGAAUUUAUGUGGAAUUUGUGGCCCUGGAGGUUUUUAAGAACAGUUCCAGAUCUCGGACAGGUCCCACCUCUCAUUGAUGGUCUAGGUAUAUUUGAUCCUGCCUCAAUGUGGAGGGAGGACUGGAGGACUAGCUGCUUUGGCAGGGGGGAUAGCUCAGUGGUUUGAGCAUUGGUCUGCUAAACCCAGGGUUGUGAGUUCAAUCCUUGAGGGGACCACUUCAGGAACAGUGGUAAAAAUCUGUUUGGGGAUUGGUCCUGCUUUGAGCAGCAGGUUGGACUCAGUGAUCUCCUCAGGUCCCUUCCAACCUGAUAGUUUGUGAUUCUGUGACUUCUCAAGGACCCUUCCAGCCCUGUGAGUCUGCUGCUAACCCCUACACUGAUUGAAUCCCCCAUGGGACAAAAACUUUGAAUUUCAGAGAUUUUAAAAAUUUGAUUUUUUUUUGUCCUGAUUUGUUGAAAGCUCCAAUUUUUUCACAAAAUAUUAUUACUGGGCACAAUAUUUCAUUUGAUUUAUUGUUUUGACUAAUUAUCUUCUGUGCUAUGCGAGGCAGUGUGGCCUAGGGCAGUGUUUCACCACCAGGGCCUUUUCUUGUGGCCGCGGCCUCCUGGGCUGUGAUGGGGGCGGAGAGGCGCAAAGCAGUGGCCCCUCUGCCAGGGCCGCCAGCAGUGGUUGGUCCCUGCCCCCCUCGGGAGACGCAAACGCUGGAGGUGCAGGCGGCUGGUGAAUUCCCCACUUUCCCUAGGGGCGGGGGGCAGGCUUCAGCCAUGGGGCUUUGGUCUCCAUCCACGCCGUGGCAGGCUCCGGUUCAGGCUCUGACCCCAGGCUCACCAUCCCCUACACCAUCACCACCCCCCAUUAUCCCUGGGCCCUGCUGCCUCCCUGCUCCCUCCCCAUCCAGGGCUUAAUCUGUCCCAGGGCUUGCUGGGGCUGAGUAAGUCUGCUGUGAAAAAUAUUAACAAACCUACAAAGAUCACUUUCACAGCAGAAGACUUACCAGCUAGCAAGUCUUAGGGGGGAAAAAAGCACAACCAAAAAAGCAAAAGAAACAACAAAAAAGAACAUGUGAAGCACCUUAUUUGUGUUUCUGUUCUAUUUAUGUCCAGUAAAGAAUAGAAACAGCUGUAAAUUAUUUUCAUUACUGAGUCUGAAAAAACCCUACGUGAAUCCAUUACAAAGUUCCAACUGCCACAGACC